UCGCGCCCUGCAUCCAACCACGAAAGAAUCAAUGGUCCCUGUACUCCUCAUUCUAUGCAUAUUCUUUCUCGCAGAGGUCAUGCCAGAUGAAGCCUCUUCUAGGCCCUCUGUAUCAUUGCCGGGCUGCCCGGAUAAGUGUGGCAACGUGUCCAUCCCCUACCCCUUCGGCAUUGGCAAGGAAUGUGCUGCGACCAGCUUAAACAGCUACUUCAUCGUCACCUGCAACGACACCUUCCAUCCACAGCAGCCAACAGUCGGGGACCAGGAAGCAGUGGUUGAGGUCACCGACAUCUCACUGGAGCAUGGUGAGAUGCGUGUGCUCAGCCCCAUCAGCCACAUAUGCUUCGCGUCAUCAAACACCACGUUCAACAAGUUUGGUGGAGGUUACAAUCUGCAGUCCACGCCCUUCCUCCCCUCACCGUCGCGCAACCGCUUCAUGGUCAUCGGCUGCAACACCCUGGGGCUCAUCGGAGGGUACCAGGGCGCCGCAAGCCAGUAUACAGCCGGGUGCUACUCCUACUGUGAGGGCAUCAACACUACAUCUGAUGGCGCACCGUGUGCUGGGAUGGGCUGUUGCGAGGCUGCAAUCCCUGCGAACCUCACUGCCUUUGGAGUGAUGUUUGAGAUGAACCAAAGCAAGGUCUGGGGCUUCAACCCAUGCUUCUACGCCAUGGUCGCGGAGGUUGGGUGGUACAGUUUCAGGAAGCAGGACCUUGUUGGCAACCUUGGAUUCAUUGACUCUAGAGCCAAGAGGGGUGCCCCCAUCAUCGCUGACUGGGCCAUUAGGAACAGCUCGUGCCCAGAAGAGGGGAAGGAACCACCCAGUGGCUAUGCCUGUGCCAGUGCAAACAGCUACUGCACAAACAAUGGUCCAGGCUAUCUAUGCCAAUGCUCCAAAGGAUACGAGGGUAACCCUUAUAUUCCAAAUGGCUGCCAAGAUAUAGAUGAGUGCUUGCUGCGUACGCAAGAUUCCAAGUAUGAAGAAUUGUACCCAUGCAGAAAAGGGGUUUGUCACAAUACACCAGGAAGCUACUUUUGCAAGUGCAAAAUGGGAACAAGAUCUGAUGGCACAAAUUUUGGGUGCCAAUCUCUACAUGCUUCAACCGGACUAGUUAUAGGCCUCAGUGUCUCUGCAAUCGUGUUGAUGGCCUUGGCAUGCUUGUACAUCAUGCAAUUACAAAGGAAAAGGUACAUGAUGGAGAAAGAAGAAUAUUUCAGACAAAAUGGAGGUCUCAAGUUAUAUGAUGAAAUGAGGGCAAGGAAGGUUCACACGAUUCAUAUUCUUACAGAGAAGGAAAUAAAGAAAGCCACAGACAACUAUAGUGAAGAUAGAGUGCUUGGAUGUGGUGGUCAUGGAAUGGUCUAUAGAGGAACUUUGGAUGACCACAAAGAGGUUGCCAUAAAAAAGUCUAAGGUAAUAAAUGAUGACUGUAGGGAAGAAUUUGUCAAUGAGAUAAUAAUUUUGUCUCAAAUCAACCACCGAAACAUCGUGAGGUUACUAGGCUGUUGCUUGGACGUAGAUGUCCCAAUGUUGGUGUACGAGUUUGUCUCCAAUGGAACUCUAUCCAGGUUCCUUCAUGGUGCUGAUCGUACAUCACCCAUCCCCUUGGAUCUCCGUCUGAAGAUUGCCACACAAUCAGCAGAAGCUCUUGCUUAUUUACAUUCAUCGAUAUCUUGCACAAUUCUACAUGGAGAUGUCAAGUCUGCCAAUAUCCUGUUGGAUGAUCAGCACAAUGCAAAGAUUGCAGAUUUUGGAGCAUCAGCACAGAAGUCAAUGGACGAAAAUGAGUUCAUCAUGUUUGUACAAGGAACACUUGGCUAUCUUGACCCUGAGAGCUUUAUCAGUCAUCAGCUGACAGAGAAAAGUGAUGUCUACAGUUUCGGAGUAGUUCUUCUGGAGUUGAUCACAAGAAAAAGGGCUAUGUUUGAGGAUAGGUUCAACGAAAAGAAAUCACUGGCGCAUACCUUUCUCUUAAUGUUUCGACGUAAUAAGCACCAACUGAUGCUGGACAUCGAAAUUAUAGAUGAGGCGGUCAUGGCGGUGCUUGAGAAGCUAGCCCAACUAGCAGUGCACUGCCUAUGCCCAAGUGGAGAUGACAGGCCAACAAUGAAGGAAGUAGCAGAGCGCCUACAAAUGUUGAGGAGGCUCCACAUGGAUGCAAUUAAUGACUGUGAAUCCAAUUAUUAUGUAAAAAAACAUGCAGGAUCACCAUCAAUGGCUGCCCCUUUGGAUGAAAUGACAUACAGCAGCGUGGAGGUGUCUACACUGAUCCUUGCAUAGCUCUUGCAACAUUGAUGGUGCUUCUACACAUUUUAUUUUUUUGAAACAUACUUCUACACUGGAUACUUGUGUAUGAUACUUGGUGAUGUAUAU